UACUUCGCGAGUCCCCGCGGUUUCGCAGCUACAAAAAUGCUUGCUCAAAAACGUGUAAAUUAAAAAAAAACAAUAAUGUAACUUUUGCAGCAAAAAUGUAACUUUUCAGGAAACGAAACGUAACUUACGACUCAAGGGCCCUGGCAACACUGCUGCACUCAGUUAUUCAGUAUUGUCCGACUACGACGCGCGUUAACGCGUGUGAAGUGCGCGCGUGCGAUCAUAAGUUCAUUUUUUAAAUUUGUUUGUGAUUAAGAAAAAAAAAUAAAAUGGCGUGUCCAAUGAGGUCAAUAGUCGACGAUUCGAUGGGCCAGGACGGCACGCAGCUCGGCAAUGAAGCGGGCAUGCUGUACGGAGAAUAUCUGAUGCUGGACAAACUGCUGUCCGCUCAGAGAAUGCUCAGUGCAGAGUCGUCGAAACCAGUGCACGAUGAACAUCUUUUCAUAAUCACGCAUCAAGCGUACGAGCUAUGGUUCAAGCAGAUUAUCUUCGAAGUGGAUUCGGUGCGUUCGUUACUCGACGUAGAAGGAUUGGAUGAAAGCCACACUAUGGAAAUUCUGAAGAGGCUUAACAGAGUCGUGCUUAUAUUGAAGUUACUGGUGGAUCAAGUCAUGAUCCUGGAAACGAUGACACCUCUGGACUUUAUGGACUUCAGGCACUACUUACGACCAGCGUCAGGCUUCCAGAGUCUGCAAUUCCGACUAUUGGAAAAUAAGCUGGGUCUGAAACAAGCUCUACGGGUGAAGUAUAAUCAGAACUACCAAACGGUGUUUGGAGACGAUCCUGAGGCAAUGGAAUCGUUACACAAAUCGGAACAAGAGCCCGCGUUAUUAGCGCUAAUAGAACGAUGGUUAGAACGCACGCCGGGACUCAACACGCACGGAUUCAACUUCUGGGGAAAAUUCCAGGCGACCGUCAACAAAAUGAUCAAAGAAGAUAUAGAAGCGGCUUACCGAGAGCCGAACGAGAAUGUCCGCAAACACCGCCUUCAAGAUGCAGAGAAUCGUCGCGAGAUAUACCGCUCCAUCUUCGAUCCAUCGGUCCAUGACGCCCUUAGGUCUAGGGGAGAGAGGAGGUUGUCGCACAAAGCCCUGCAAGGCGCUAUCAUGAUCACGUUCUACCGCGACGAGCCUCGCUUCUCCCAACCGCAUCAGCUGCUUACGUUACUCAUGGACAUCGACAGUCUCAUCACCAAGUGGCGUUAUAAUCACGUGAUCAUGGUGCAGCGCAUGAUCGGGUCACAACAACUCGGCACUGGAGGCUCUUCGGGCUAUCAAUAUCUUCGUUCUACUCUCAGUGACCGGUAUAAGGUGUUCCUGGACUUGUUCAACUUAUCAACAUUCCUUCUGCCCCGCUCUCUUAUACCACCACUGGAUGAAGGGAUGAAACGUAGCCUAAACCUCGCGUGGGGCGAGGUAAAAGAAAAUGGUGAAAACGGAGACGCCGUCGAGAAUGGUCUAGAAGCUUCUUUAUAGAAGAGAAGAGUGUACAAGUGGUAUAAUUAAGUAACGAAUAACGUAUGAUAAAUCUUUGCAUGCAAUUGUACGAUUUAAAUUAAAGCUAUGAAUUUA